UUAUUGUUUGCAAUAAUUUUGCUUUCUUUACUUUACUGUUUGACUCUUUAUGUUUUUGUUAUUGAGACUAAAAUAUUGACCAGCUCUUUAAAAUACACAUAGAUUUAAAAAUACAUAGGUAUACAAACUAAAAUCUUCUCAUUACUAAAAGGCUACUAAUGCAAGAGAACACCGAUCGGGGCCUAUACUGUAAAACAUCACGAAAUUCCAUGUCCAUCAGUCCUUAAUCCUUCGUUCCCACCAAAGCAGGUGUUUGUAUUUUUUACGCGCAAAUUGGCGUUGAACUUUAAAUCCGCUACGUUUAGUCAGCAGUCACGUCACGGCAAACAAAAACGCGCACUAACUGUUUAGUUUACCUACCGACUUUUGAUUUUGCAUAUUCAUAUUCAAACCAAAGGGAUUAAAAAAAUUCUAUUGAAGUAGGUAAGUGAAUUCGUAAAACAAUAUUAGUUAAUUAGUAAUAGGUUAAAAAAUUUCGGAAUUAUUUAACAAUUGGGUAACUAGGAUGUGAGUUGGUUUAAAACAUAAAGAUAUCAUACUAAAGCCUGAAAUUCAACAUAAAAUACAUAAGUAGGUAUACUGUACUUUUCGCCUUUCCUCGCGUAUUCGUCACUGUAAACUGAAAUGGGAGUAAAGCUGAAAAUGUUGAAAUCGUAACAUUAUGCAUAAUCUUUCUUAUUUUAAUACUCAUCAUGAGACAAAUAUUUGGUUCUACAUGCCACAUGUUUAUCCCUACAUGCGUUCUUCUAUAACUGUAUCGCUCAUCCGAAGUACCCUAUGAUUCAAAUCGAAAGCUUGACUCUGGGAGCGCGCCGAGAUAAAGCAAGUAGCCGAUGUAAUCCCCCAGAUUUGUUUAAUGGACUUAAAGUGCUGUAUGCAUGUUAAUGUCAUAUCCAUAAAAGCCAUAUCGUACAGAAUAGAGCGCACGAAUGCGUAUAGCAUAAAAACAUAAACACAUCUCUAAGAUAACGAAUUUCAUGUUAACCGUUGCGACAGCAUUGAUUCAAAGUGUCGGUGUCACUAAAAACUUUGGUUUUAUUCUCUGGUUGACAAUGGCUCUUUAUUUAUGAGGGUCCGGCGCGUGACGGAAGUGGCACGGAUUGAAAUGGUCAGCUUUUGCCAAUUAGCCUCUUAGCUGUAGUUUCCGCCGUCACAGUAGGGUCCCAUCAAUCAGUUGAUAAGCAAAAAUUCUCACUGUUUCAAUCCUAUUUGUGCAAAAUAAACUUAUGUCUUCCUGUCUUUUGUAAUUUCAACACAAUUACUGUUUGUGUAUGUUCUGACUUACUAAUAGCACAUGCUUAGAUAAAUCAGGUAAGAAAGUACGAAAACUGGGUUAAACUUCCUCGGACUCUCAUAGCCCGUUACAGCUUUUUCAGUAUUUUCACGUUGAUCGAUCCGAUAUCAGAUGUCGGAUAUUACUGUAAAUAAGCUAAAGUAGUAGUUCAAAAGAAAGUGUUCAUGCAAGAAUAAAAGGACUUGAUGCAAUUUAGGGCAUUUUCUAGCAAUAGUUUUUCUCCAAAGGUCAUUCAACAUCCGAUAUCGAAUUAGGCAAUGUGAAAACGCUCUUACGGUGGUAUAAUCAUAAUCACUUGAUAUGAUAACCACUGACAAUAGAUAUGCCAAUUAAACUAUGACUAGAUUUCCUCGAAAAAUUAUAUAUGAAUCCCUGUUAUUAAGAUAUUUUAUAUUUACUUAUAUAUAAGUAAUAAGGACCAGAUUGUAAGGAAUUAAUUUUAUUAUUAGGUAUCUGUCGCCUUUGUCUAACUACUGAUAAAUACUGACUUUAAGAUGAAUACAAACACAGGUGAUAAAAUAGAUUUUUUUCUAAGUUAUCGUGGACUGGAUUUAGGUUCGAUUAUUCUAAUCUGAAUACACGUCAAUCUUCUACAAAGAACAAAGUACCCACGCGAAAUUGAGUGUAGCAGUUAAGUUAACAAGGUAAAGUUGAGUGAUAUAUGGUAUCAACUGCGGAGCUCUACCGGCGUACCGGCCCGACUCAGUUAAAACAAGCUCGUGCUCCCGGUCGGCCGCUCCUCGCGGCGGUCCAUCGAGGAACGACACAUCCGACAGUUACUGCGGUAUCGUCUUCAAUAGCAAUGCCUCUUGAAGUAUAAUCACAUAGGUGGUUAAAAAAUCUCCAAAUAACUGAAUAUACUGAUUAUUAAUUUCCAAAAUGUAGUUGAAAUUUUGUGGGAAAAGUGCGAAUUAAGAAAUGCUACAAAAUGCCGUGGAAUUGCUUCUGGGGAUACCAACCUCCAGCACCGACCUGCAGAGUCAGUGGGCCACUGCACCUAAUUCAGAAAGAGGGCGUGGCGCAGGCGCACGCAUUCCGCAGUAAAUCGUUCCGUAAGCCGCAACCCUGCCACUGGUGCCACCAGCCCGUCGCCGGGCAGGGCUCUUGCUGUCGAGUUUGCAAAUAUGUGUGCCACACGUCCUGCGAAAAUAUGGUAAGUUUAGAUUAAGACGCUUAAAUAUUGUUUUCUGUAAGUUUUUUUUAAAGUUUAUGUCAAGUGUAUUAUAAUUAUGUCAAUCUUAAGAGGGAAGUAUAUAUAUAAUAGCACGCGAUCGUCCAUACAAAAAGAGAAAAUGUUUUUCCACUUCUAAAUAUUUUCCAUCCUCCAUGAUUUUUUAGUAUGUUAUUGACACAAUGAAAAGCUAGAUUUAUAGGUUUUCCUUUUUUUAAAAAUUUGCAAUACAAUUUUUUUUUCGAAAAAGCGAGACUAUAAAUCUAGAAUAUAUUAUGCUGAAGCGAUCGACAUCAAAGUGAUUUAUUAAGAUUUAGUUAGUAGAGACCGUUUUCUCUCGAAAUGGAAUUUCAUAGAAAAAGCACUGUUAUUUCAUUAGGAUCGCAAAGCUAAAAAGCUAUUCUUCCCUCUGAAAGUGACGUUCAAAUUCAGACUGCAC